AAAACAAACAAAAAGGAAGGAAGCUGGAACGCUAACGACUCGACCUCUGACAUCGCGGCAAAAUUGUUGUUCAAAUGGCCAAGCUGCCUAUUUAAUUACCCCAUUUGAAGUAUCUUAUCAAUUUAUAACAGUUCCAUGACUAUGGACGACGCAAUAACUUUUAGAAUGAGUGCAUUUUCAGAGCGUGGAGGUAGGAGAUACAUGGAGGAUCUGUUCGAGAUUAAAGUGGAGUACGAGCCGAUUCCAACGAUGGAGGAUAAUCUUCCAGAUUCGCCGACACAGGAAAAAGGAGAUUCUGAAGUAGAUUUUACUGAGCGGACUCAAAGCGGUGAAACCGACAACGCACAAACCGAUGGUCCCGUGACCGCAAUGUGGACAGAAAGCAUAGAUAGAGAAGAGUGCGGUCAAUCCAUGGCCGAAGGCAGAGUGUCACCAUCCGAUCAGGAACAUGGACAGCACACUGUUGACACUCGGAGGUCGGUUGCGUUUUUCGCUAUAUUUGAUGGACAUGGAGGUGGGGAAGCCGCAAAUUUUGCGCAAAAUAAUCUGUGGAGUAUUCUUAAGAGACAACGGAGUUUUUGGUCCAAAGACCAUGAAGAGGUGUGUGCAGCCCUCCGCAAGGGGUUUAUCGCUUGUCAUCAUGCAAUGUGGAAGAAGCUACCUGAGUGGCCGAAGACCAUCACCGGUUUACCCAGUACGUCAGGCACAACAGCGAGCGUGGUCGUGAUCCGGGGCAGGCAAAUGUAUGUGGCCCAUGUAGGGGAUUCAGCGGUGGUGAUUGGUGAGAAAGAAGACCCAAAGAUGCCCAUGGAGGCAUUGGAAGUCACACAAGACCACAAACCUGAACUGCCCAAAGAGAGAGAGAGGAUAGAGCGACUUGGUGGCAGUGUAGUUAAGAAGUCUGGGGUGAACCGUGUGGUGUGGAAGAGACCCAGACUGACCCACAACGGGCCUGUGAGGAGAAGCACAGUUAUCGACCAGAUCCCCUUCCUGGCUGUGGCCCGAGCUUUGGGGGAUCUGUGGAGCUACGAUUUCUACAGCGGGGAGUUUGUAGUGUCACCGGAGCCUGACACAGCGGUGUUGACCCUUGACCCUAAGCGCCACCGCUACGUCAUCCUGGGCAGUGACGGGCUGUGGAACAUGAUGCCCCCCAGAGACGCCGUGCACAUGUGUCAGAGUCACGAUGAGAUGGUGGGUCCUAAAGGGAUGUCCUGUGCCACUCUGCUGGGGUGUACAGCCCUCCUGUUUUGGAAACAGCGCAUGCUGCGUGCCGACAACACCACGGUGAUUGUGCUGGCUCUGCAGGAGCCGGGCGGGGCAGCUCUCCCCAUGCACAAGAACGAGAUCAUAGUGGACAUGGACAAGGGGAUGGAUCACGUGCCCUUCCCUGAACCUCCCUACCACACCUGCACCGUGCUGGAGUCCCUGGAUGGGACAGUGUCCUCCUCCUACAGUGUGUCGGUGGUGGAGUGGAGCGGCGGCCAUUUUGGCUCUUUCCUCUGCCCCCUAUCGGAGGCUCGGACGGAGACAGUCUCACAGGAAGCUGCUCCGGAGCCACCAGGCGCAGCCUUGAACGACCGCGACAACGCCAGGACCCCGGCUCCUGGUGGCACUCCCCCUUCCUCCAGCCGGCCUCGCCGCGGCCUCCCUCGCUCCCCGUUCAACCCCUCCACCCCCAGGACACUUCGCCGCAGCUGCAGACCGCCCCCAGGCAGGCGUGCGGCCCCCAGGCCUCCUCGCCAGCGGCUCCCUGGGAGGAGAAGACAGAAGGGGAAGAAGCUUCCCCCCAGCGACCCCGCGGUCCAGCCACAGCACCGCAAGGCAGCCUUCCGGGUCUGCUGAAGAGGGCUCCUCAGAGUGGCUUAGCCCCAAGUCAUCAGUGUAGGAAGAACGCUUUUUGGGGCGGGUGUAUACGUUGUGAUCGGGUGUCCAAUGUGCCACAGUUACGUUUUUCACGGUAUAUUGAGUGUUUGUGUUUCCUAGUCAAGCCAGGGGGAUGAUUUUGUGAUUUUUGUGAAGAUUAUGAGAACGGUGUUUUAAUGUGUUUUAGUUUAUCCCCUUAUUUUAGUGUUGUAGUUUAUUUUUAUUUUUUAUUUUUCUCUUAACUGCUACUGUGGAUGUCUGAUGUGGUGUUUGUCAUAAUGAUGUAGUUCCUGUUUCAAGAUCUUUUUGUCCUCUUUGUGAAUGGAAAAAAGAUUAUUUAUUGAAAUGCACAAUAUAUUUUUGCAUAUGAAAUGUACACUGUAUAUUCCAAAGACAAUGUAUGUAUUUUUUUCUUAAUUACAACAUUCUUAAUUGGUUGUGUAGUGGUGUAAAUAAGUUUCUGAAUUAUGAUAUUAUUAUUUUUUUGCAUGGUGUGGCUAAAGGCCCAGCUAACAAGCCUAUGACAAGAUCAUGGAUUCAUAGCAGAUAUUACAAAUGAAUUUACGGUCACAUCUGUUCAUAUUCAUACACGUUAUUGACAGAAAUGGGUCAAAGAAGGAUUACAUGAUCUCUGGCUGUGAUCUGUGUUUGCUACAGUAUUGUGUGACUAAGAAUGAUAGGCCUAAGGCUUAAUACCUCAUGUCACAACAUCUUCCUCUUAUCUUCUACCUGUCAUUUUGUAGAGUGACCACCAGAGGGCAACAGUGUUUUAGCUUUCCUGUGAUUCACGUGAAUCAUGAAUCAUGCUAAAACAACUGUGUGACCCAAUACUUAAUUUCCCCUAGAUUCGAAGUGAUUAUGAUUUUUUUAAAUGUGAACCAGUGAAGUAUUUACAUAAACACUCUCUCAGUGCUGCCUUGAGUAGUCUGCCCACAUCAUUCACUUAAUGAUAAAUCAAGACAAUUGCAAUAUUUUACCACAGUAAAUAGUAACAAACAUUAAUACUCAUGUAAUGUUUUUCACCUUAUCUAACAUGAAAUGUUUAAACACAGUUUAGUGGACAUAUUUUCAUAUAAACUAUUGGGAUUUUAAAUGAAUUUGAGGGCUGUUUGUGAAUGUUACACAAGCAAAUAUGUUGAUUUCAGAAGUCUGUUUGUUAUCCAGACAUUUUGUAAUCAGGCCAGAAGGGCUGUUAUGCUCUACGUUUUACAAAAAUAGGAAACUGUGUCUUUUCAUUGACUGGUUGUUUUAUGUGUCGUGUGCCUGGACUUGAUGUUGAGCUGCAUUAUCUGCCUUAGAUGUGACUGUUUGUGUGCGUGUGUUUGUGUGUGUGUGUAAUAAACAAAGUUGUUACUUGCCAGCUCUCCUACUGUAAUUUCUGUCGACAUGUUUGUCCCCUUACUGUAAAUAUAACAUUUACGAAUUUAAAUAGCAAAAGAUAUUAGGCAGCAGU